CGGCUGUCGGUAGAAAGUGCAGGGAAACGUGCUCGGUGACACUCACAUACACACUCACACUCACUCACACACAACCAUGCAGGCAGCUCAAACCGGACCCGCAGCAGCAGAAGCAGCAGCAGCAGCAGAAAUGUGAGGAUGGAUUAGAAAAUUAUGUGCCUCGGCUGCCAUCAUCAACAUGUUCCCGGGAGUUUUCUAUGCACUGCUGGCGGGUUUCCUCGGGGCCGUGGCGUCGUCGUCGGCCAAGCUGUCCCUCGGAGCCGACUACCUGAAGGGAGUCUGUGAAACCGGACUCCGGACGUGGGGAGAGCAGCGGAAAUUUAGACAAGCGGACGAAACUACCACCUGUGACCGGCUCCAUAUCCCUCUGAGGCUGCUGUGUGGCGGACUCCUUUUCACCUGCAACGCUGUGAUGUGGACCUUCCUCGCUAAAGCACUCAGGUACUCCUCUUCCUCCACCCGAACCACUGUGACCACCACCGCCUCCAACUUCAUAUCUUCCGCUUUCCUAGGCCAGCUGAUCUUUGGCGAAGCCCAGAUAACAUUGUGGUGGGUUGGGAUCUCCCUGACCUUCUCUGGUCUGUUGGUACUGCAGAGGGUUUCGCCACAGGACGGACAGCAGAGCGCAGUCGCCAAGAAGGAUGAAUAAUACGCCUCGUCUCCACUGGUUCAGUUCAGCUUGGCUCUGGCUGGCUGUGGUAUGUGGCGUGUUUUGGUUGGCAGCUCCUCUGAUUUUAACAUCGAGCCAAAGUGUUAGAGAACAUGAGCUCCAAUCAAAUAUUCUCUUCCUUGUUUGAACUAUUUCACUAUAUAACUCUCAAAUUGUGUCUUUAUUUUAAAUCAGUGACUAUUUAUAUUAUCUUUGGUUUGUGGCCAUGUAGGCUGCUAAACCCUGCUGGCUCAGCUGUGGUGCAGCCUUGUUUCGUCCUGUUCUAAAAUCAGAGGAGAUGCUGGCUCUCAGCCAGUCUGGCCAUGGCGCAGCAGUUGGGCUGGUGGAGACAAGCUUAUGGAUGCCUGCAUCCAGUUUCCCCAGAAGCCCUAAACUCAUCUUUACUCACAGGCUUACGAUAAAGCAAAAAUGAUACAAGCUUUACAUUACGUUUAAUCGACAACAGCACAACAAAUCAUGAGCUAACAGAGCAGAUGUGAGGGAAGGGAAGAGACUUAAAGGGAACAGUUUGACGUUUUGGGAAAUAUACUUUUUUUUGCUUUCUUGCUGAGAGUUAUAUGAGAAGGUCAGUACCAGUCUCGUGUCUGUAUGGUAAAUAUGAAACUACAGCCAAGAGAGAGUUCGCUUAAGGUGCUUUUCCAACAAAAGUUCCAGGAACUUUAAUAUCUUGGGAACUAAUGUCCUCAGGAAUAAAAGUUCCCUCAGUGCAUUGUGAUUUGCAUUGAUUUAUUGAAGUAAUUAACACACAGAAAACCUGGGGAAAGGUUGUAUUAAUCCAUCAUAGGAGAAUUGUAAGGCUGCAACCACCAGUUAAGACUGUACCAACAAUUAUUUUCAUCAUCACUACACCAAACACCUAAGACAGUGAAAAACAACAUAUCAAAACCAUGUGUUUUGUUUGACCAUCAGUGAAAACCUGAAAAGAAAAACUGGCAAAUAUUUGCAUUUGCAUUGAGAAGCUGGUGCCAGUGAAUUUUCUGGUAUUUUUGCUCUAAAAUGACAAACAGUUCCUCAAAUAUUUAAGUUCCUGGAGCUCAAUGGUGGAAAAGCACCUUAAGCUAACCCUCUCUUGACUUUAGUUUCAUAUAUAGCACAUAGACACAAGAGUGGCAUUGACCCUCUCAUCUAACUCUCAGCAAAAAAACAAAAGAAAGUGUAUUUCAAGAGUCGUUGUUUUAAAGGAGAGAAAGAAAACACGCAAGAAACACGGAUUAUAUUUUGAGGACUUGGGUUUUUUUCAUGACGAAUGGACAAAAGGAUUGUUCACCACAUGCAUGAUGUUACCACCUAUCAGCCUGUGCAUUAUAUAUACUGCAGCCAUCAGAUCACCAAAGCUUUCUUAAUUAACUCUCACAUUUCCUUAAGUUACUAUGACACUCACUGUAAACAUCCUACACUGACAUUCCAUUUAAUGCAUGCUCAAGACAAUGCUAUUAUGAAGCUAACGAGGCGUACUCUCACAAGUAAUAAUCCUACUAAUGUAGCACCGAAAGGCUCAUCCCUGGUGUGAUUUUGCCCUCUGUCUGGGGGGUCUCUCUUUCUUUUACUUUUUCUUUGCCUUUCUCUAGCUUGAACCUUAACCUCAACAUAUGAGCAUGUCACAUGUUUUGAUUCAGAGGCAGCUGGUCUUCCAUUUCAUGACAGACAUGUGCAUGCUCCCACCGAGGCCUAAGCUCAGACAAAUCACACCAAAGCAUCCCGAAGCAUAAUUUCACACUGGAGCGACGUCCCCGUGAGCUGCUUCGUUUUUACUAAACUUGUGACUUAGGCGGCCAAACUGUCUCUCCAGCGUCAGAGACAUCACACGUUGUUUUUGAUUGCCUGGUGAGCUUUAUGUGCCCUGCAUCCGCAAACUCAUAUUACUUGCGCAUCACAAAUAUCAAUCUAUCACCCAUCAUCUCUGGGGGUUUAAUAGACACCUGGCCUCAUUAAAAGCUUCUCUCCACAUCCCUGGAGUUGUCAGUGAGAGUGCAAUAACAUUAUACUUCCUUUAAAUCUCAUGACACUGUGAUGUGCGUAACAGCGAGGGAGCUUUGAGCAUUAAUAAUUAAGCAUAGAAAAUGGCAAUACAUGCUACUUAGAGGGAUGUUUCUGUUAGUAUAAAUCAGCUAAGUAAUUACACUGUAGUAUACAGGGAUUUGCCUGAACAUGACAUCAAAGGCUGCUUUGUUGAGUGGUGUUUUAAUAUCACACUUUGCUGUUGUUUGGAUACAUAUCAUAAUAUAAAUGCAUAACGGUAGCUAUAAUACCUGUCUGUAAUAUCCCACAGCAGCAAUGCACAAAUAUAUCAGAUGUCCUUCCAACUGCUGCUGUGCAGGUUUUGUAUCAUGUGAUUUACAUGCAUCCCUAUUAAUGUGACUGCAGCAACAAUGUGAUUACAAAGCUCUCAUAUUAAAGGCCGGCUGAGUGAUGUUUCAUAGCAGGGCUGUACUCACCAUGCAGGAUUUCUUGGCAGCAGAGGUCACUCGCAGCCUCACACAUGCAGCAACAUCAGGAGUGAAUUCAGUUGUUUGUGCCUCCAUGGUUUAGGAUCCUGGGUGUGUUGCGUUACCUAAAGGAGUACUUAGACAAUUUGGGAAAUGCUGCUCAGUCACUUUCUUGCCAAGAGCUAGAUGGGAAGAUUGACACCACUCCCUUGUCUGUACAGUGAAUAUCUAGUUGUGGAGUCAGUUACUUUAGCUUAGCUUAGCAUAAAGACUAGAAACAGGAGGAAAUAGCUAGCCUAGCUCUGUACAAAGGUGACACAAUUCGCCUACUAGCACCUCUAAAACUCACUAAUUAACACGUCACAAGUCGUUAUCAUAUUACAUAUUUAAUCUGUACAAAAAAUGAAUUAUAAAUGUCAAGUGGUGGUUUUAUGGGCGGGUUAUGUGGUGGACUAUUUCUUGGCCAUUGUCCACUAGUUGUUUGCUAACUGCUCAGUUACCCCUGUAGACAAUUGAUUAAUUAAUUGCUACUGACAACUUGUUAUCGUAUGUUUAAUCAGUACAAAAACCUAAGUAUAAAAACAAAAUUAGCUUUAUGUUACUUCUGGGAACCCUUUUACUCUCACACCUAUAAAGUUGAUAUGAAACUGAAGUUAGCAGCCAGUUAGCUUACCUUAGCAUCAAGACUGGAAACAAGGGGAAACAGCUAGCCUAGCUCUGUCCAAAGGUGACAAAAGCCACUUACCAGCAUCUCUAAAGCUCAUUAAUUACAAAAACAAAGUGUAAAAGAAACAAAAAUUGACUUCAAGACAGUAGCUGAACAAACAUGCUAAUUAGUGAGCUUUACAGGUGCUGGUAGAUGGAUUUUGUUCCCUCUGGACAAAGCAAGGCUACCAGCUUCCCACUAUUCCCAGUCUUUUUGCUAAGCUAAGCUAACUGGCUGCUGGGUCUGGCUUCAUUUAUUGAACAGACAGACGUGAGAGAAACGUCAGGUUGUGGUUUUAUGGGGGGGGUUAUGUGCUGGACUAUUUCUUGGUGACGAUAUAAUGUGAUUAGCAUUUGCCAGUAGCAAUUACAUUGUCUACAGUAGCAAUAGAGCAGUUAUCAAGCAACUAGCGCAUACUAGCCAAGAAACAGUCCAGUACAUAACCCCCCCAUAAAACUACAACUUGACAUUUAUUUACACUUUAUUUUUUGUACAGAUUAAACAUAUAACAUGUUAACAACAUGUAACAUGUUAAUUAAUGAGCUUUAGAGGUGCUUUUCGGUGGAUUUUGUUACCUUGAGACAGAGUUAGGCUAGCUGUUUCCCCCUGUUUCCAGUCUCUAUGCUAAGCUAAGCUAACUGACACCCGGCUCCAGCUACAUAUUUACCGUACAAACAUGAGAGUGGUUUUAAUCCUCUCAUCUAACUCUUGGCAAGGAAGUGAAGGAGUAUACUUCCCCAAAAGGUCAAACGAUUCCUUUAACAUACCUUUAAUAUCUGUAAACUUUGCUUUUAUUCUGAAAAUAUUUUGGUGCCUGGCUUUUCUCCAGUUAACGGCAUGAUAUGAGGGUAAACCAUCUACCUGUGAACCCACUCUCACUGUAAUAUAACCAAUCAGAGCUUUGCAGUAGCCACAUUUCUAGCUCUGUGACAGCGGCAUGGUCCUGAGUGUGAUGUAUUUAUAUCCGUGUGCACAUAAACUGUAGAUGUGUUUGUACAGAGAGAUUAGAAAUCUAUUGAAAUAUCAUCCUGACCUGACGAGGUGUGUGUCACAUUGACGAGUUAAUGUGCUGCACUGCAAGGAAACAACUGUAAAUUUAUCAGAAAUUAUUGAAUCAAAAAGAUUUUGGCAAUCUGAAGGUGUACUGUUGACACCAGAGCCUCUUGUUCAAUCUUAAUCUUUGAAAUAUAAAAUGAGUGAAGCUUCCAAAUAAUUUAAGAGUCUGAUUUUGUAUUACUUUCUUGAUACGCUUUAACCUCUAUGUGCAGAUCAGCUGUCACUUUAAUCCGGAGGCUGCUGCACUGACAAAUUUCACAUAAUGUUUAACGUUUUAACGCAAAUCGAGACAGUGUGAUUAGAGGAAGACUCUGUUUGCUCUGAUAGAAACCAUUCAUAACGUGUCUUACAGAUUAUGUGAAACAAAUGUUUGUAAAAGUGUAAAUAUAUUCUGUUAAUAGGAAACACUUAAAAGGAUGUGUAAAUUGUCAUCUCCACUGAGAGAAGAAACACUGUUAAAUUAUUAAAUAAACAUCUCAUCUGACAAACAA